AUGAAGCGCUCCUCGUCUGGCUCGAAGCCAGACCUGGAUGCAGAUGCCGAGGCAUCGAGGAAAGCAUCAACCACGACUGACAGCAAGCCACGCGCAAAGGCUGAGAGCGUGACUUCAACAACGACAUCUCCCGACGUGACCGCAACAUCGACGUCGACGGCGACGUCGUCGGCCGCCGCUGCGGAGGCCGACUUUUUUGCAAGAGCCCAGGCGCUGGGCCUCAAGCUCACCCGCCAGGACUACGAGCGUGCCAGAGCAGGCGUCUCGGCCUUUCUGCGUGCCGAACGCGUCACGACGCAGGCCGCUUCUCCCAAUCCUGGGUCUGGUCCUGCCUCUGGUGCUGGCUCGGGCGCCGGAGCUGGCCGAAGUCCAGAGGUGGCGGGUGGCGGUAGUGGUGGCGGCAGCGGCGGCAACCGCCUCCAAUCUCGAUCACAUAGCACGCCCAUGUUGUCAUGGUUCACCAAAGUGGUGCAACAGCAGGACGACACGCAGCCGAGACCGCGUCUGGACGACAUUGGAAGCCUGGAAGAGAGGAGGAGAAGGAGGGAAAAACGCCGGCGGAUGCGAGAGAGGCGCGAACGCCAGGGUCUCAUCUCGCCCGAUGGGGCGACUGGAGAGGCGACAACACCCUCAGACAGGACCGUGCGGUCGUCGUCGACGAUGAGCUUGCCGGCCACAUCGUGGCAAGGCAGCCAGGCAAAGCGCUCAAACGCGUCAACCGGGACAGCGAUGCAAGGGCUUGGCCUCGUCGGGCUCAAAAUGCCAGGCGAGGGGGACGACGAGAGAAAUCACAUCGAAGAAGAUGUCGUCGAAGCGCCCACGCCACCACAGAGAUCCAUGUCGACGCCCCCUACGAUCAAGAACGGCGCACGGACGCUCAACAGAUUGAGUACGAGGGCGUGUGUCAGCCCCGGUGGCACCCUCAGCCUGUUGGCCGCCUCACCGCCUUUCGAAGGUCUCAACGAUGGUGUCAUUUCCAACACGAGAGCAACGAUGGCUUCUGUGUCGCCGUCGGUUGCCUGUGCAACUGCUCUUGACUCGUCCUUCUCUUCCCUCGAAGAUGACCGCCUCGUCCACAGUGCUUCGCUGUCAAAGGACGACUCGGGCGUCUUCUUUGGCAUCGAUUCAUGCACGGCAGCUGCCGAGGAAGAAAGGGCAAUGUCGCAAAAGCAUCCUCGCCAUCGUCGACACAGUUCGACGGGAUCCAGUGCGCUCAACGAGGGCAUGGAUAGCCUCAGCUUCCUGGAUCGCGUCAUGGCGACGAAGAACAGCCCGCUGCGACUUCGCCGCGAGGCAAAGGCCUUGGAGAGACUGGGUCGACGUCCGAAUCAGCACGACAUUGUCGUCAUGACCGCCACCACAUCGCUUCCUGGCGACAGCCAGGCAGCGGCAGGCUCUCUCGAUUCUGGGCUUUCGCUGCCACGUUCGCAGAUCGGAGAGGGAACAUUGACGGUAGCUGCAACGAUGGCUCCCAAGAGCGUUCGUUGGGCUCCAGACGCAUCAAGCCCUCAUCGUCGAAUGACUACAAGAGAGCAUUACGAUUUCUUCUUUGAUGGAAUCACGCCUUCAAUCGAUGAAGGUCUUGUCAGUGUCCAUGACAGCAGUAGCAGCAACACUACCAGCACCAAUAACAACGACAGCAGCGGCAGCAGCAGUGGCGGUGGUAGCAGCAGCAGCAGCAAUGGCGGCAGCUUGGGGACAUGGGGAGAGCAGCAGGAUGCUUCUCUGUUGGGAAACGUGCAGUCGGCUCGCAAGUUCAACCAUGCAAACAGCGGUGGGGAGCUGAGGAGCGCCUUCGGCAAAGCGGCCGAUCCAAUCGAGUCUCCAACGGCCAACGGAGGUGGCGACGCUGCCACCACUAGAUCUCGUCUCUCGUCGUCGCUCUUCCGGAGCAGCUUUGGCUCUCCGAUGGCCACUCGAUCGCUGAGCACAGGUAGCGUACUGCCCAACUCUCCUGGUGAUUUGAGCCUGUCAAUCGACUCGUCGAAUCGGACACCGAAUUUUCAAGCCAAGCGCGGACUGCUCUUUGGUCCCAACAGUCUAGGCAGCAUGUCUCCGCCGCCCUUUGCCUCGGCCGCCUUUUCUUCCUCCCUCGAGGCUGCAUUUGGCGACGGUAGUGGUGGGAGCAGCAGCAUCUUUUCUCAGGGCCCCACCCUGGCCCGUUCGCCGGCCAGGGGCGCCUUUGAGACACCGCCAAAGCUUCUGCGCGCACACACCUUGGCCGCUCCAUUCUCAUUCCAGUCAUCCAGCAGCCUUGGUGGGCCUACCAGCGCAGCCAAUGAGCCGUCCUCAUCCUCGCUCAAGCCCGACUCCUCCAGCGACGCUGGCGGCCGCGAUUCGCAUAACGUCAGCCCCGAUCGUGUGAUGCUCAUGCGUGCGCAAUCGUCGGGCAUCCUCGACCGUAGGCGAACGCUGCAUCGGUCCAUCACCUCGCCCUCGACAACUCGGUCUUCUCGCUUCUCUGACCCUAGCGACGACGCUUCACCCCAACGUCCUUGCUCGUCUGCCCCAGACGACGGCAAGCAGCACCGUAGCGGAGGCAAAGCGCCACUCGGCUGGGCUCAUCGAAGCCCCAUGACGAGAUACGAGACCAUCAGCCCUGCAGCCGUCUUUGGCGCCUUGACUGCAUCCUCAUCCUCUUCGGACAAUCACCGUCAUCGCAGACUGGAUUCAGAGAUUGUCGAGUUUGAACCGACGAAGGAAGCAAGCAGAGCAAAGGGCCCACCGACAACGCUGGCUGCAGCCGGCAUCUCGUUUGGUCAUCACGAUGGCGACGGAGAAGGUGACGACGAACAAGAGAGCACCUCGAACAGCACAAGCCCUUCGGUGAGCGCAAACUCGGGAAGCGUCAACAGACUUGACAGCCUCAACGAGGGCUGGGCCACAUCCAGAGUCGCUGCUGCUGCCACAGCUGCUGGUCGGCAAGGUCACCGAUCUAGGGAAAGCUCGGCUUCCACAAGCCUAUUUGCAGAAAGCCCGCUGUAUCUCGACACUAACCAACGCAGUGCCACACUUGUGGCUGGUAGCGCGCCCGUCCCAUCUUCUUCAACAUUGGCCCAAGCGCUGGGGAUGAUUGGGAUCACAAAGCAGCAGCAGCAGCAACAACAACAACAACAGCAGCAGCAGCAGCAGCAACAACAGCAGCAACCUCCUGUACCAGCUGCGCCUGCCUCUGACCCCACUGACUCCACGCCCAGCGACGCCCCGGACGCGCCUGGGCCGCCCUCGCGCGAUAAAACAGCGGCCAAGAAGAAAAAGAGGGCGACGGCCAACAAAGAGCGGUCGUCUGCGUCGCAGCACGCGCAGGAACAGCAGCUGCAGCACGCACAGGGGCAAGAGCCAUCUUUAAGCCAGACCAGCUCAAUCUUUGGACAGAUGGAAUGGGACCGCGCCGACGGGAGCAGGGUCGUCAAACUUGUCUCAGAGGAAUUGCAGGCUGCCAUGGAAAGUGGCACGAUUGAUUCGGAGCCAGCGCCAAGGUACUACAAGCUGCCACCCGGCUUUGGAGCAUCCAAGAGUAAGCCCUCGAAUGGCUCAUACGCUGGAAUGAUUGGCCAGGCGAUCCUCUCGUCGUCCGACGGUCGACUGAGCCUCAACGAGAUCUACAACUGGAUCAGCACCGUCUACCCCUUCUUCGAACGUGGUGACCGUGGGUGGCAGAACAGCAUUCGACAUAAUCUCAGCUUGAACAAGAGCUUCAUCAAGGUUGAGCGCGACGCCUCGAUUCCAGGAAAGGGAGGCUGGUGGGCCAUCAAGACUGGCCACGAGGAUCGCUUCGUUGGGGGGUCCUACGUUGCACCCGGCACUGCUUCGAGCAAAAAGGACGUCAAGACGCCGAAGCUGCAACAUGCAAACCUUGAGCCUGCGCCGGCACUGGACAGCUCGCAGAGGAAGCGUGAGCCGUCGAGCCAGCCCAGUGAAGACGCCAGCGACGGUGAUUACAGGCCCUCGUCCAAGUCCCAACGCGGAGCCAAGGUCAUCAAGAAGGUCAAAUUGGGCGUCAACAACAAAAAGAAGGACAAGACGCAUCAAGCUGACGCGAAUGACGUCUUUCCCCACCGGGUGCCCCUUCAGCCGGUGCAGCAGCCUGCUGCUCCGCGUGCCUCUUCGCCGCCUCACGAGUUGGCCUUCGACACCAUGACUCCUGUCCGACCGGGUGGAGCAGGCAGUUUCAUGGCCAGCAGCGGCCAUGGAAGCAGCCACACGACGACAAUGACGUCGAUGCCGAUGCUGACGGACGCCAGUAGCCCUCCGAGCAGCCCAAACACAGAGAUGGCCAUGCCACCACCGUCCAAUCCGAGAUUCCACGGUGGAACGGCUUCUGUCAGCCAGAGCGCGCGCAAGCGAAAGCACGACGUCAGCGCGGCGGUGGCCAUGAUGGGCCACAAUAACGUCGGACUCACGCCAAACCAUCAACAGGCCUUCUCGUCUGGUCUCGGCAACCCGUAUGCACUUUCGCCGAGCCCGUACAGCCAGCAGCACCUGCAUCCGCACUCCUACCACCACACGAUGCAGGCCUCGCCUCUGGCCAAUUUCCGAGGCGACGGCUUGGGCGGAAUGAAUGGCGCCUCGAGGGGACCAACGGGUAAAAAUGGCCGCUUGCGAGCCGGAGCUGGCAGCUCCUUUGUCAACGUCGAAUCACCACUCCGUCGACACUCGACUAAUGGUAAUGGAGGCUCCAACAGCAACGGCAACGCAUCGCCGACAAGGCUCUUUGUUCAUUCACAGUCGCCCAUCUCUUCGCUCCGUGGCGGGUCCAACAGCUCGGUCAGCAUGGUGAGAAGCACGUCGGACGAAGGCAGAGAUGGAGGCGGUGACGAGAACCGCAAUCCGAAGGCCGCAGCCAGCAUACAUAGCCCUUUGAGAUCGUCGCCACUGAAACUGUCGUCACUGGACAAGAACCACUCGACGAUGAUGAGUCCAGCCGGAAUGAAUCUCCAAAUGGCAGUCGACCAGCAUCAACAGCAACAACCUCUGCAGCACCAGCAACAAGCCGCUUUCAUGGCGCUUGGGCCCGGCACAACGCCGCAGAGAGGACAGGGCGACAUGUCUUUCCUGACGCCCAAUGGCCAACCUCGAUGGGGACUUUCGCCCUCCCCGAUGCGCAAAUUUGCCGCUGCCAAUAGCGCCUCGACGCCCGCUCGAAUGGGCAACCAUCAACAGCAGCACCAGCAGCACCAGCAGCAUUCGCACGCUGCUGCUGGUGGAGCAAAUGCCGGAGGCGCCGCUGCUUGGCUUGAUGAUCCAUUCGACUACCAGGGUACGCUUGAGCACGAGCUUACCCUGGCCAUGCAAUCUGGCGGUGCCUCGGGCGGCGGUGCGGGCGGACAAGGCAACGGCCACGCAAGCAACGGUGGCAUGACCACGCCCGGGGUGGAGUUGAGCCCAAUGAGGAUGAUGUACCUCGGCAAUUCGUCCUACUCCGGCGCUCAGCCCUCAUUCCAGAUGCAAAUGCAGCCGCAGUCCCAGCAGCAUCAUCAGUACCAUCAUCAUCAUCAGCAGCAGCAGCAGCAGUCACAACAGCCGCACUCCUCAUUCUCCGCCUUUGCACACGGAGGAGGCCAGCACCAUGGAGGUUCCACGGCUUCUGCCCCUUCGGCGACUGCGACGACCGCUUCUGCGUCAUUUGGGGACCCCUUUGCAUCAAACUGA